CAUCAGCUACUACUGCAAACAUGCGGUGAUUCUUUUCCUUCGCAUCUUCUUCCUCCUCCAGCACCUCCAAAGCACUUCCAAACGUAAAACUUGCCCUAAAAGUUGUAGUAGAGGAAGAAGCACCAGAAAUCUGUUGCGAUGCUUUACAUUAUAUUCUUUUGCUGAUAAUUGAAAAAAUCCCAAACACCCACCAAAAAAGGAGAAAAGAACAGAACUUUGAGCGAAAUUCAAUCGAAAGAUGAUCCCGACAAAGCCUUUGCAACGCAGCCACAGUGCCAUAGUACACCAAGUAUUAUCAAUAAUGCUCCAAAACCGACCCUUUGAUUCCCAGCUCGCUUCCUCAACAACCUCAAAUCCAUGGACGACAGAUUCAGUUUCGGACAUCUUAAGAUCCGUUUCAAAAUUCUUCUUCCAAUCCCCUCGUUCCAUUGGCAGCCAGACGGGUUUCCGCCACCGUGCUCCUUUAAAACAAAGAAACAUCAAGCAAGAAAAUUUUAAGAAUUCCCAAAAUGUUCUUAUCCUUGGCCCUGCUGCUUAUAGAGACCCCAAAAGGGUAGCUUUAGGAAUAGAUAAAGCAAUGGAAUUCUAUAUCUGGGUAGAAAUUUUUUUUGGGUUUGCCCAUAAUGAGAAAACUUGUAAAGAAAUGGCCUUCGUUUUGGCUAAAGGUAAUGACUUGAAGGUCCUUUGGCAUUUUCUCAAAGAUAUGUCCAGGAGAGAAAAUUCGGGGCUUGUUACGACGUCUACUGUCACCUGUUUGAUUAAAGUUCUAGGAGAAGAAGGGUUAGUUAAUGAAGCAUUGGCUUGUUUUUAUAGAAUGAAGCAGUUCCGUUGCAAACCUGAUGUUUUUGCUUAUAAUAUGAUUAUUCAUGCUCUUUGUAGAGUUGGGAAUUUCAAUAAAGCAAGGUUCUUGUUGGAACAGAUGGAGUUACCAGGGUUUAUUUGUCCACCAGAUGUGUAUACUUAUACGAUUUUGAUAAGUUCUUAUUGUAAAUUUAGUAUGCAAACUGGAUGUAGAAAGGCGAUUAGGAGGAGGCUUUACGAGGCAAAUCACUUGUUUCGGCUAAUGUUGUUUAAGGGUUUUGUUCCUGAUGUUGUGACUUAUAAUUGUUUGAUUGACGGUUGCUGUAAGACAUAUCGGAUUGAAAGGGCUUUGGAACUUUAUGAUGAUAUGAAUAAACGGGAUUGUGUCCCUAACCGGAUCACAUUUAAUUCUUUUAUUAGGUACUAUUGUGCUGUUAAUGAGAUUGAUAAGGGUAUUGAGAUGAUGCGCAGGAUGCAACAGAUGAAUCAUGGGUUAGCAACUAAUAGUUCUUAUACUCCCAUUAUACAUGCUCUGUGUGAAGAGGGAAGGGUGUUGGAGGCUAAGGAUUUUCUUCUUGAGUUGAUCAGUGGGGGAUCUAUUCCCAGAGAGUAUACAUAUAAGUUAGUUUGUGAUACAUUGAAUUCAGUAGGAGCGGCCAAUUUGAUAGAUGAUGAGCUGCAUAAAAGAAUAAGAGAUGGUAUAGAGAGCAGAUGUAGGCAAGUGAUGAAGGUGAAACAAAUAAAGUUCACAUAAUAAUGAGGAGGAUUGUUGAGGAAGCUUAAUUUUCGGGAAAAGCUAAUUAUGCUCAACUAUGUAAAGCACCGCAAACAAGAAGGAUUUAGUUGUUUGCUGGGGCACUCUUGUGGAUCAUUACUUCAAUUCCUUGAUUAAAGUUUGUCAUUUUCAAUUUUUAAUGCACAAAGAAUCUGCUCCCUCUGUUCCGUCAAAAUUUCUACUGUUAGAAUGGUUUGGUUGGCUUCAUCAAGGUAGUCAUCACUCUUUGAGUACCCUUUGAAACUGACCAUUUUAUGUGCUCUUUUCUUCACCCUAUGAUGUGUCACAUAUCUUAUUGCUUGCAGAAAAGAAACUAAGAGAGAAUCGUUUAGGAAGAGAGAUGGACACAGUUUACAUAUGUGCUAUCUCCUUUAUUUCUGUCCUUGUGACAUUAUUUUUCCUGCUCAUUUGCUGCUUCGAAUGCAUGAUCAAGAAAAGCAAAGGCGUGGGUGUCAACCCUGAAGGCCACAGGACUGGUGGAGGACUUGGAGGUGGUGCUAAUCCAGGCGUCACCAUUACUGCAGUAGGUGCUAGCGGCAUGACUACUGGUUGUGCAUGUGGGACUGGCAGUUGCAGUGGCAUGGGUGGCUGUGGCAGCAGCGGUGGUGGUGGAGGAGGCGGUGGUUGUGGAGGAGGUGGUGGUGUUUGCUAAACUGGGCUUUGAUAAUAUGCUAGCGGGUCCUGGAAUAGGAGGAAAAAUAGUAAAUGCAAGUGCCGAAAUGGGAAUAGAAAGGUGUUAAUGUUUCUUUCUUUCUUAUUUCCCCCCUAAAUCAUGUAGCAUUUUGAUAGUAUGGAUUUUAAAUUUCAAAGGGAAUUAAGUUAUAAUUCUGCUUUCUUGAUGAUAGCAGGUUUCACUGCUUU